UAAAGCCAGUAACGAGUUGAAUGUGGCUCAAAACGCUUCGCUGAACGCUGGCCAACAACGCUUAAAAAUAAAAAUAAACGGAUCAAAAUUAAUCUUUUUUGUAAAAGUUAUAUAUAAAAUUCAGAAUAUUAAGUGUCCGGAUACUGUGAAGGAAAACGUGUGAAAAUGCGGUAAAACUAAAAGGAAAAUCAAAGAAAAUGCUGUGAAACUUGGCCAAGAUAAACUCGUUUGCACCAAUACACACGUGUUUACAUAUAAGGGCAACAACAAAUACUCAGACUCCAGAAGCCAACAAUUAAAUGAGAAGUUAGUCAGUUAGCGUCUGGGCCGCGUUAUUGGUGUAUGAAUCAUACUUUGGUUUACGUUUAAAAAUAACAAAACAAAAACCUUUCGAGGAGAAAACCAAGCUUAACCAGUGCUUAUGUAAACGUCACUCAGCCAUAACGGAAGUGACCAGUAAACAACCUACUUAAACUUUAGAAAUAAUUAGAUAUUACAUCAAAUACCUUAAAUGUCGGUCAGAAAAAUGCGUGCCUUAUCGCUCUCAAUUGGCGGAGCUCCAUUGAUACCAAGUUUUUCCUUGGUAGCUGCGGCAAAUGGAGAAAGCAAAGAUUGCCAUGGCACGAUCUGUCAUCCGGUGAAUGAAUUUUGCUAUUUAGCAACAGAGAGCUGUCAUCCGUGCCUCGCGGUCUGCAAUAAUCAAACCCACAACUAUGAUGCGAUAUUGUGCGCCAAGGAAUGCUCAGCCUACAAGACAUUUGAGCCCCUAAAGGCGGAGAUGCUGGACAUCCAAAAUACCCAGCAUAUGAUCCUUCUGCUGUUGAUCAUCCUACUUGUCCUGAUCGCCGUACGCUGUGCGUUUCAAUGCCUUCGAUGGCUGGUAAGCAAUCGAUGCUUCCAGAAGCUGUUGCGCCGUCUGCAGGCUAAGGCCUAUCCUCAUCCGUCGAAUGCCAAUGGAAAGGAUCUCAAUGCCACUACCAUACAGAACCUGAGUGCCAUCAAUCGCCAUGGCAGUGACCUUGAGCGGGCGCAAUCACAGAUCUACAGUGUGGCAGGUAAGUGUGCCGCCGAGGGUUCCGUUGUGACCAUGACAACGCCGGUAAGCACACGCUAUCCGGCGGAGAACAGCACCACGCCCACUACAGUGAUGACUGAGAUCGGAUAUGGAUACGAUAAUCAGGCAAUGGUCGUAACGCCGGUUUCCGAGAAACCCUCAACAGCAACUGUCGCCGUCGCUUUCUAAUGCCAUAUGCGAAGAUACGUACUUAAAAAACUCUUGAACUUAAAUCAGUCCAGCGAAAGCAAAAUGUACACCACAUUGAAACUAGUGAUAUUCUUGUUAAUUCUUAAGCAAAAUGUCUUCUUUCGAUAUUUAAUAUACACAAUAAUGUAUUGAUUUUAGGUUUACUUUUCAAGCGUAGUUACUAUAUUUGUUUCUAUUAAGUGUUGUCUUAACUGUCUCUUAUUUUUCGGCCCAAAAUACUUAUUAA